UUGGCUGGUAGAUUUGUGUUCCUUGCGCUGCAUUUCUCGUCAGCAACGCCAUGUCUUGGAUUGCUUGAGUAACUGGCGCUGGCGCUGACUUUCCAACUGGCGCCCACUAGCAUUAUUUUGGUUCUGGCCAGCCAGCGCAAAAACCAAUUCGCCAAUGCCCUGAAUUAUCUGUCCCUGUUCCCUGCCCUGGUCCCUGAACCAUGCCCCAAAUGCUCGCCAAUGUCUCUCUGCAUGCCCCACCCCAAAGGCUAUUAUCCACUACAGGCCUCCCUCAUUGGUGAUGUUCCUGCAUCUACGCACCACGGUCCCCAUUCUCCGCUGUGGGUGUGCCUGGUCCCUCGUCUCCACUAGACCCAAAGCGCGUCAGAACCUUGAUCACCGCCGUCCAUCAGAAUCACCUUCCCCUGGACGUCCCUGUCUCCAUCGAAGCCGUCAAACCCUUCGGGCCCACCGCCGUCGAACCCAUACCCAUUUCGCGCCUCGACGUCUGCGAAACCCACUCCCACCUCUGCUGUCCCCCAUUGGCAUCUCGUCCGUCUUCCAUGCCAGCGCGUGUCCCGUUCGCGGCUUCUCGACCCACCCCCAGCGCGAACUCACAGCCGCCCAUUCCUCUUCCAGAUCCACUUCGCCGCCCUCGACUCGCAAGAUUGAGGAAGGCGUGAGUGAGCCAACGACUUCAAGGGGUCGCACCGGCACUAGAAUUGCUCUCAUCUUUGGGAAUUCCCAUUGUGACCCUCUCACCCAAACACUUUCCUCAGACUUGCCCGUAUCCAGCAUUAUCUCGAAUUGCUCGCCCACCUGCCAAUGUCUUGUCUGCCUCCCGGCAAAACAGAUAAUCAUGGCGGCCGUUGCACGUUCUCGUUCUCGUUCUCGAGGAAACAUCAACCCCUCCGUCCCGAUAUCUGACACUCCUUAUGCUUCAGACCCAUCUGAACUUCUGCUGUCUUCGAUUCAUCCACCCGGUCAGCCGCUGCCCGACCACGCGAACGAGCAUACCAGAACUCGUCUCCCGUCCAUAUCACUUCGAACCCGAGCAGAAACAAUCUCGUCGGUAUCUUCGACCUCGUCGUCGCCGGUCCGAAGGAAACCUCUACCAGCAACGGCCUCUCCUCUGGCUACGCGGUUCUCUUCUGGUGAACACCUCACGGGUAGGUUAAAACUGCCGGACCAGCCGUUCGUGAGGCCAUACUCAGUCGACAGCCCUACCCUUCACGAAUUCCCUCCAACGUCAAGCGUUCCUUACAACCCUGCCGUUGACACAGAACAAAGUUUGUGGAGACCUGACGUCCAUCAAGACGCAUUGACGUCCGAAUUCUUCUCUGACCCGGUGUCACCUCAUCGCGCGACAUUUUCGCAACAAACUGCUUCCCAUCCCAGCAGUCCCAACCUUAUCGUCCCAUUGCAAACACGCUCGACGGCUACCCCUCUGUCAAAGCAUGCGAGACUGACCAGCGAAUCAACACUCACUACUGCGUCAGAAUCAAUCACUCCAUGGUUUAGCGAUACCAGUUCCACCACUUACUCAAAUUCGACUAUGUCCAUAUUUUCUCCCAAACCUACACCACCACACAACCUCAACGGCCCUCAUGUUGCAUCACGAAGCUACUCUAACGAAUCCAACGACUCUAAUACAACAAUACAAAAAUCACAACCGAAGUCACCAGGCGCUUCGAAACUUGGAUCCUUCUUUGGCUGGGGAGGAAACUCACCGACAUCAUCCACCACAACAUUUUCUGAGAAAUCUUUCUCGCCGAUACCCUCACCUGGACCUAGUGAAAACACACUUAUUUCCGCCGAUGCCUCCAGAACUGCAUCCAGCAAAAAUAUACCUUCAGCCAUCGAUGUGCCAAAGGCCAAUGCGGAAGCAGGUAGUUAUUUUGGAAGCGCAUACCUCCAGUUACCAUUGGCGACACCGACGACACCAGUACAAGUCGAAGAGAUGGAGAAAGAGCUGAAAGACAUCAGCUCUGAGCUGGCCUCGUCUAUUCGGCGAGAAAUGGAUCUUGAAGAUCUUGUAGAACGGUUACAAGCAGAAGCGCAAAACCCUCCGUCCAGUGCUGGCAAGCGAACCAGCGAUUACUUUUCGGACUCAGGGACGAGCUCUGUCAAAUAUGGAGGCGAGCCAGACUCUAGGCAAGAUGAAUUGGAUCGUGCAAUUAGAAAGACUGAACAAGAGAAAGCUCAGAUCAGACUAGAACUCACCGGAAAAGUCCAAGAUGAACGGACGAGACGGAAACAUCUCGAAGCACAAAUCCGCAAUUUGGAAGAGAAGGCUUCUCAGGUUGACUUGGCAUCGAUUAAUUCUAUGGAUGCAAAUGGACGAGUAAGAGAUCUUGAAGCUACUUGUGAAGACCUCCGACGCCGACUUGCAGAGGAGAAGCAAGUCAAAGACAAUUUUGAAGAUCUUUUGACGGCUCUCAAGAGUGAACUGCUAACUUCUCACAACGAAAGAGACAAUCUCAGAGAUGAAAUUGUGCCGCAAUUACGAGCUCGAGUGGAGGGACUCGAAGCUCAGGCGGCCGAACAUGAACAGCUUGCAUACGAGCAAUCGAAGAUGCAACAGGAGCUACAGACGCUCAAAAACGAGAAUCAAACCUUGAUCAAUGCUCAAAGAUUACAGAUGGAGAUGCAGCGGCAGAUGAAGAAGUUUAAUACUAUUGUCGAGGAAAGCGCCGCACCAACGCCAACCAGGUCAUCUAUUGGCCUGAUGAGGUCUAAUUCAGUUGCGCAAAGUAAUGUGUCUAGAGCAAAAUCAGGGUCACUGUCUCGAUCAGCAUCAGUGAAGACUGCAGAAUCUCGAGAUGCGCUAGCCGAAAGAGUGAAGGACGUAGAGGCUCAACGUGAUGCACUCCAUCGUGCUUUGAAGAGUUUGCUGGAACGCCAAGAAUACCAGAACAGAGAGAAUCAGAAACGGAUUCGCCAGCUGGAGAUGGAAAGAGACCGAGCACUCACCAAUUCGCCCAAACGAUUAAGCUACGACAAAGAAGUUGCGAAUCUGAGAGACGAGAUCAACACUCUUCGCCGCCGUGCAGAUGAAGCGAUCGAGCAGAAGUGGCAAUGAUCUCUAAGAAACCUCUUACAGGAGAACGAUAUCCUGAUACCUACAGGACCUCGUGAACGCACUCCGUCAGGUACUUUCUCUUCAGAGUCACUUGAACG